AUGCCGCCCAAAGUCUUUGCUUCUCAAGCCUGUCGAGCCUGUCGGCGGCUGAAGAGAAAAUGUACUCGAGAAGUCCCUACAUGCGCCCUGUGCUCCCGUCUGGGCAAGACUUGCGAAUACGCUGAGACCGCAGCCUCGGAGACAACAAUCUCCUCCAGGCUCAGCCACAUCGAGCAGCUUCCCCACGUUGAGGGCAUCUCUCCGUCCAGGGCCUUCUCGGGCAUCAGUGCUGCUACCUUCUUCCCCAAGCCAGCAGAGCCCUUUCCGCUGCCCUUCUUCUUGGAUUCAGAAUACUUGACUUCCCAGUCACCCAACGCUCUGUCAUGGAGUCGGCAUCCAUAUAUCCAUCAGAUCGUGGCCGAGCACCUUGACGACGACCGAGUGGCUCUCUGUGAACAGUAUCUUUCCACAGUGCACAAGUGGCUGCCCAUGAUCAGCCGGAAACGCCUCUUCGACGAAGUCAACAGUGACGCAACAGAAGUCGAUGGCUGCCUUUCCCUCUUUCUACUGUGUGUAAAGGCAUUCAGCACCAGGGAUGGAGAGUGCGCCAAGAACUCAUCAUGGUACCUGCUGGCGAGGUCGCUGUGUUCAGAAGCAGAGUCGGCGGGCUUUGUGUGUCUGAGGCUUGUUCAGGCCCUUGUUCUGUUGUCAGUCUACGAAAUGUCACAUGCCAUCUAUCCGUGUGCAUAUUCGACCCUUGGUCGCGCGUCAAGACUCGGGGUUUUGCUGGGUCUGCAUGACAGGAAGAACAAUCAGCUGUUCAAGGCCGCCGAAACGUGGACCCUGAGAGAAGAGCAGCGCCGAACAUGGUGGACAAUCUUUCUGCUCGACAGACUUAUGAACAUUGAAACCAAUCUGCCAAUGACUGUCCCCGAACCAGUUUCAGACGAGCUAUUGCCGAUCAACGACGAUGACUGGGAGCAAGGCAAAAUCGUUCCCAGCGAGCCUCUCUUUACCACGUCCUUUAGCAGCCUGACAUCCGUCGGCUCCUUUGCAAAGAUGUGCCAGGCCGCCCAUAUGCUGAGCAAAGUCUUGUCGCACAGGGCCAACAAGAGGUCCACGCAGGACGUCGGAAGUCUUCUCCCCGAAGCGCUGGCACUUCACUCGGCACUCUCCGCGCUGCAUCUCUCCAUCAAGGAGUACAUUUCCGGAACAACAUCCCCCGACUUUUCCAUCUCGGGCAUCCUCUCUUUGUCUCUGUGCUGUUCGGCUCAGCUCGCUCUCUACAACCUCUACGGCUGCAACGAGCCGCUCGCUCUGGUUGAGCAGAGUCGGAUCGCCAUGGAAACGGAGAUGCAGAGCGUCAGCCUUGCGGGGAUCAAGUCCAUCUCUUCCAACGUCAUGCCGGCAAUUGCGCGCGCCAACAUUGAGUGCCCUCUCAUGGCGCAGUGUCUGUACCAUGUGGCCACGGAGUGCGCGUGGUUCGUGCGCGAAGACCACGAGCCGCAGAUGUACAGCGCCUUGGAGGAUGUUGUGCGUGAGCUCAAGUCUACGGGAGCAAAUUGGGAGCUUGCGACGCAAUAUCUGUCGCUGCUUCAACAGGGGGGCGUGCUGGAUCUGGUCAAUGUCGAUACGGACGCGUCGACGACGGUAACUUCAUCAUCUGGAUAG